UUGACGCUUCCACUUGUGAACAUAAACAAAAACAAUUGUAGCUUUGUUGAUAAAUAAAAAGUAAAAUUGUUCUAUCGUCGAGCAAAUGUAGCAAAAUGAGUAGCAUUAAAACGUUUUUGGAAGUGCAACGAUUGGAGGCAGAUUCUGCUAAGAGUGAUGAUGUUUUAUCAGACUAUACAUCGGUGCGCCUCCAAAUACUCCUCAAAUACUUACGAAUCAAUCCAGAGUUAUUGAGAGAUCCGGUAUCCUUCCCGCGAACGCUACAUUUUAUUGGUAAUGAUUUAGCCCGAAGUGGUUUAAGUCAAUCAAGUGAAGAAGUUUAUACAGCACUGGAACAUUGGAAGGAACGCAUAUUCAACUCCGACCAAGCUAGCUUAACGAUCCCGCCGGAUCGGGAACUAAAACGACUCCUAUUGGCAAUUGAAUCUCGUUUAACCCACAGCCAGAUAACACUCAUCCUGCAGCACAUGGAAGUCGUGGGAAGCCAUAGUCAGACGCUAUGGCCAACUAUUGCCGUUGAAAUGAAAGCCCUCAAGUUUCCUCCAAGGCCGGAGAUAUACUGGCGGUGGGCUUUCGAGCAGUGGUGUCAAGAAGCGAGAAAACGUUUCGAAGACGAUCCGGAUGGGUUGUCCUCGCUGCAGCAGCGUUACAUCGAUUUUCUGCGGGAACGCAAUGAGCUGGAGCAGCAGAUGGCAGCAGAAGAGAAUGUUUUCGAUGCGCUCGAGUUAAUCAUAAACCACUGUCGAGCCUGUCUGGAGACGCUGAAGGUUGGCAAUCCGAAGGUGUACCUCUUCGAAGCACUCGGGGUGGGUACCACGUUGGCCGAUAAGAUUAAUGUGUGCUUUGGGAGUGGAAUCGAUAUCGAGGAUCGACUGCCGAAAUAUGUUUGCGGAGAGUGUGUCGCGAAAGUGGAUGUGGCUUACACGCUGAAGAUGCAGAUAGACCGCACCGAUGAGGAGUUGAGAAGUUUGAUGGCGGAAUACAACAGGAAGUCGAACGCUGAACAGCGAGAAGUCGAAGAGCAAGUUCAUAUUUUGGAAGAAACCGAACUGCCUAUCGAUUCGAUAGUGGUGAUGAGCGAACAGAUUCAGUCGGAUGAGAUCGAGUUUCAAACCGUAGUGGUUGACAUGGUAGAUGAAAGGGAUGGCAUGAUCUAUGAUGACGAUCGUGAGCAGCAAUCAGACUCAAGAUCGGUCGACAAAGAUGAAGAAUGCUCCGAAAUUAUGGCUGAAGGGCAAGAUUAUUCCGGGGAACAGGAAGAAGUAGUUAUAGCCAUUAAAGAAGAGGAUCAUAAAUUCUCCACGGAUGAUUCGUCCGAUUAUCCGGCCAAGUCAAGUAGAAAGUCACGUAACAAAAUUGUGCCUGAGAUUGAUAAGAAAUUUUACCGUUGCAAUCUAUGCCGGACCAUCCUGCGAACCAGCGAUCUUUGGCGGGCACACAUGGAUAGGCAUGCGUCGGAGAAGGAACACGUUUGCUCCACCUGCUCGAAACAGUUCCGAUCGGCAUCCACCCUCAAAGUUCACCAGAGGACACAUACCAACGAGCGGCCUUAUGUUUGUGACGUAUGUGGAAAAGCUUUUCGAACAUAUAGCCAAAUCAAAGCACACGGACACGUACACAGACCACACGACCGACCGGUCAAGUGUGAACACUGUCCGUACACUACAUCAACCAAAUCUUCACUCAUUAUCCAUCAAAGGUCCCACGUGGCAACGAAGCCGUACGUUUGUACGGUUUGCAAUGCCGGUUUUGGAACUUCUAGUAAUAUGCACAAGCAUGUUCGAAGUAUGCAUGAAAAGCUUAAACCCUUCAAGUGCGAAGAAUGCGGCAAAACGUUUACCACCAAAGAAACCGUGCAGAAACAUAUGGUCACACACAAUGGGACCAAGCCGUAUUCGUGUCCGGAGUGUAAGGUGCCGUACAGUUGGUAUAACGGUCUGCAGAAACAUAUGAAGCUGAUCCAUCCCGGAGCUCACAUUCCCACCGAAAAGACAUUGAUAGACGAAUACAAUGAGGCGCAGAAGCGGGUGGAUAUCGAUGCGAAAGUUGAAUAAAUGUUUAGUGCUAAACGUUUGCAACUUGUUUCCGUGUGCUUUUAAAACAGCCGAACUAAUUAUUAACUCGAUGGCGGCUUUGAAUUACUUCCAGAUAUUAAAAAGUCACAGGAGCGUUGUGUCCGAGACACGACCUCAUAGUUGACGUAGGAUUCCAUUAGACCAGAGGUUCCCAAACUGAUCGAUU